CGCUAGUUUUUUAUGCCGGUCGGUUCGAGUUGGUAUAACAUUACGUGUGACGGGGUGCGCCGCCGCUGUGCGCCCACCUACAAAAUACAGUAUUUUUAAUAAUCAAAAAGGCUCGUCGGGAUGACGCAACCGCUGAGUGACGAAGACUGGAGGGUGUUCGACAUUCUUUGCGGCCAAAAAAUGGAUUCUGAAGAUAACAUAAGCAAUCACGAGAUGAUAUCCACUUUGAAAAGCGAGUUGGCUGCAUUGCAGUUCAAAAGAGAUCGCCUUAUGUCCGAGCUGCAAGACACCAAAGGGCAGCUUCGGACUAGAGAUCAAAGAACGGUAGAGCUCGAGGCCGAAACGGAAAUGUUGAAAGAGCAGCAAGUUAGACAAAAUUCGAUCAUUGCCAGCCUGAGAAAUAGAAUAAAAGAAUUGGAGGACCAAGAGAGAUCGUUGACUACGUCAUUGGGAAGAGCAGAUAUGUCAUCCGAAUCUUUAGCUAGAGAAAAUCGCCAUCAAGCAGACAGGUGUUCCGAGUUAGAACGGAAAAUCGAUUUAUUGGAAUUAAACUGUACUAAAGCUGAAAACGCGAGAGACUCUGCAAGAAGAUCAAUGUCAGAGUUUGUAAGUAGAGCAUCGAUGGCGUUAGGGUACGAGUCUUUGAAUUCAGAUUCUCCAGCCGCUGUUGAUGUGGUCUUAUCCAAAGCAUCGGAAAUGCAUCAGGAAUUAAACAGAUUGCGUCGUAAAAAUAUUUCUGCCAGUGAAAAUUUAACCUCGAUAGAAGUAGAAUUGAGGAACUGUAGAGAACAACUAGAAAGGGCCUUGGCUGAUAAAGAAAAUCUUCAAAGACAGGCUGCUGGCCAUAUUCUCGAAAUAGAUAAGUUAAAACAAGAGAAAGAACAUUUGGAAAUGCAACAGAGAGUAAUGGAACGUGAUUUAUCCGAACUCAGAGAUAAACUGAUGGCAACCAAUAGGAGUUUAGGUGUCGCGUCUAGCAAUAUAGCCAGUCAGGAAGCCACUAUAUUCACUCUUCGAAAUGACUUACGAGGACACGAUGAGAGGUGUCAAAAAAUGCAGAUUGACAUGCAACACUUUUUGGAGUCAUUGGCCGUGUGUCUGACGUCGGCGGAUGGAUAUGUUCAGUCCACUGAGAGCGGUGUCAAAGAUGCGGUGAAGAGGCUAGUCAACGAGUUAGCUACUAAGAGCACACUGCACGGGGAAUCCAAGGAUAGGAUAAUCAGUUUGACCGACCGGGUCGAACGGCUGCAGAUUGAUCAGGACAGAUUGGCGUCGGAAAACCGAGUGUUGACGGACGAAAAACGCAACUUGGAGACUCGAUUGAACCACACCGAGAGCGAACUCAAUGUGUGUGAAAUGACCAAAGAACAUUUACGUAAUGACAAGACAAUCUUCGUUACAUUCCUCGACAAACUAUCAAGAGCCAUGCACAUGGACCAGAUAGCGAAGGACGUGGGCGUGGACUUACACACGGAAUCGCUGCUGCUACGCGCCGAACAGCUCGCCAAAUUGGAAUACGAUAAAAACAUCGACAAGUUACUGCUCGGUUACCCUUAUACGUCGUCGUCGUUGUCCAGACAUCGUUUAUAUUGCGAUUUUCCUUACAGAGAAAGCGCUUUAGUUUAUCAACUGCAACGACGCGUACGUACGUUAAGGGACCAACUGCAAAGACGUGAUCUCCAUCUCGAUUUGUUACGUAAGAAAAUCAGUGUCCAAGACGAGAGUACAAAAAUACGCACACUCUUGGAAACAGAAAGAGAUGAAGCUAAUAUACGGGCUAAAAAGUUGCAAAAACAAUUGGACAAAGCACAACUACAGUUGACAGAAUGCAGAGCGCAGAUCCGAGACUUGAAACUACAACUAUCCGAUGCUGGAGAUUGUAAGUUGACUUCGUUGGAAAGAGCUAAGAAAAUCGAUGAUCUCGAAAAACGUCUCGUCGAAUCGGAGAUGUUGCGGAUGCGUUUUUCACGAAAAGUCACUGUACUCAAAGAACAAUUGAAGUCGACUUCCGAUUGUCAUAACCAAGACAAAACUCUGAACGAGCACACGAUGCGAGUGCUACAGGACGACCUAUCGUCGAUAAAAUUCCAAUUGAGCGAAGUGAAACGUCGAGAAUGUUCUCUCGAAGAUCUCCGACGGACGGUGAUCAGCCUGCUGGCGCUGGACUCGUCGUGCACCGACUACGAGAUCACGUCGAAAAUAACCAAACUGGUGGCCGCCCACCGAGAGUUUUCCAUCCUGUCAAAGAGGUACGACGACCCACUGCCAUCUUACGUUCACCUGCCACCACCCUCCGAGUCGUCAGACCCGUUGACGGUUGAUGACUUUGAGAUCCUGAAUAACGCGUACAACAAACGUCCACAGAGGAAGACCUGAACGACGACUUCGACGCCUCACCCGGUUCAAGACGUAUAGACUUCGACGAGUAGAUUUUACUUUGAAGUCCUUACACCUAUGCGACCUGUGCAUAUGAUAUAUUCAUUAAUCAUUAUUCGUGUAUACAGGGAAACACGCGUGAAUAAUCAUAAAAUCCUCCACCUUCGCAUAUAUACGCGUUCCGCCGCGUAAAAGUAUCACUGUCAUUAUUGUUAUACAGUAUAUAUACCCGUAAUACUGUAUAAUAUAAUAUUAUUAUAUGCGGUUAGAUUGUUCGUCAAUGCGUACCUAAAACAUUGUCGUGUCUACGUUUUUCACACAUUUUUCGACUUAAAAUAAUAUUUAAUCUAUUUUAUCGAUAUUUUUAACGUCUACUAUGAAAUGGUAGAAUAUGUUUAGCUUUGUUUUUAAAUCGAUCCGUGCCCAAACUCUUGGGUGUUUUGAGUUUUUCACUAUUCUGUAUAAUCAUACACUUUGACAUUGUACAUAAUGUUUUUAAUCUAUCGCUGAGAAUAGGAUAAAUAGUUAUAAUUUAUAUUUAAUUCAUAAUAGUGCUGCGCAGUGUUUAAUAUAGCCGCAACCGUUUUAAAUGCGUUAUCUGUGUGAUUUUUUUCGAAUCAUCUUUUCGAUUAAUGUUCACCGUGCGUUAUGCAAGUAUAAAAAUAUUUGAUAGUUAUGUUUAAUAUUAUGAAAAUAGCGUUUAUAAAUUUAAAAUAUUUAAAUAAAUGCAUCAGAUGAAUUUCGUAUUUCUGCCAUAUAGAUAUAUUAUAAUGACGUGUUUUCAGUGUAGAUUUAAUUUGUGAUAGACGAGCAAAGAUGAAUUUUACGAGAGGUCUACUCGACUAUUAUAGGUACACGUAAAUUUUAGUUCAUUUUCAAUUUAAUACGCGAUGUUUGGUAUUCUAAAAAUUCUAUACUACAUUGUUACGGAGCAUGAUUGAGUAGUUUAUGAAAUAUUAGAAAGCGGACGUUAAAAAUGUAAAAGAUUUUUAACAAAACGUAAUUUUAAUAAUGUUAUAUAUUUUAUCGCUUUUAUUGUAUCAUACUUAUAUAGGUACUGUGAUACAUCAAAGCUGAGUGUUUAUUUUUGUUCAAUUUCUAAAUCAUUAAUUUAAUAUUUGAAAAUUGUAAUGCAUAUCGUUGAAACCAUGUGUUCAUACUUCAUAGUUUAUACUAUAAUAUACAAUAAACAAAUAAUUAAAAUAUAUGUAUGUACAUUGGUAUUAACUGUUAUGUUUUAUAAUGUAAGUACACUGUUAUUACUUAUUCGGUAUUCCUAUUAUUAUUGUAAAUAUAUUUUUGCCUGGCGUUUCUUGAUAAUUAACUUAUUUAUUUCUGUGGUGGUAUGAUUUGUAUUUUGGUUGGUUUUUACUGACAUAGAUUGUUAGAUUAGGUUAAGAGUAGCUACUCUUAGUAGCUAUUACUAUUGUGAAAUUUGUUCAGUUGUUAUUUGAAAAUGUUGUAUAAGAUGCAACUUGCUGAUUAUAGUGAAAUAUAUAUUGUAUAUAAAUCGUUAAAAUCACCUCAUAUUUUUUCUAAUUAUUAAUAAUUCCCUUUGAUAAACGUUAUGAAUCAAUGUAAAAAUAACCAAGAAAUGAGAAUGUAAGAUGUUUGUUUAGUAUACAUACUGUAUUGUACAUUAAUUGCUCAAAUGUAUCUCUCUAAUGGGUAAUUUGUAGACAAAAAUUUUAAUUCAUUUUAUAUUCUUAAGGUACAUUUUUAA